ACGUUAGUCGAUUUCAGUUGAUUCCAGACCGACGAAGGAAGGUUAUCGCACGCGCGUCUCGGGCGGUGUGUUUGUGCGUCGCGUCGCCUUCAUGUCUCGGCCGCGUUAUCGUCGUCUUCGCUGUCACCUAGACUCGCGAGACCUCGUCGGGUAAAGCGGCGCGCGGCCGCGUGAAAAGAAAAGGGACGAAAGAAAAAAAAAAAAGAAACCGCGAGAUCUCCGACACGCGUUCGGCCGCGACGCCGAAUUCUCCGGUCGCGCCCCGAUACUCCCUCUCACGCUCAAUAAUGAGGGACAUGGCAGGUAAGAUCGCCGAGUUGAAGUUCGAGGCACCCCUCGCGCGUUUCGAGGAAGAGGACACCGCUAGCCUGAAGAACAUGAACCUUCUGACAGAACAACUAUUGGAUGCCAGUCUGGAUGCGAGUUUCGGCGAGAAUUGCAACGCGAAUGAACCACCAACGACACACGAAAAUGGCACUGACAUCCUCCAGGAAGGAACGUUCAGCCCGUUCAGCGGUAGCCUCGAGGAUCUCGUCAACACCUUCGAUGAAAAAAUCACAUCUUGCUUUCGCGAUUAUGGCACCGACGUGGAAUCGCUGGCGCCGGUGCAGGUGCGAACGCAGGAGGAAAUUAUGAACGAGUGCCAGAUGUGGUGGACGAUCACGGGAACUUUUGGAAAUAUAUUACCGAUCGACUGGAGCAAAUCUUAUGCGAGAAAAAUGCACAUGCCCGCGUUGAAUCUGAAUGAAGCACCCGCUUCGACGGAGAGACCGGAACUAGAGGAUUUAAGUAGCGAAGACGAGGCAGUUGCGACAGAUUUGGAUAUGCAUGCUUUAAUCUUAUCUAGCAGUACUGAUACUCACAGUCCGGAGGAGCCUCUCAAGACCGCCGAGGAGGUUCUUCGCGAGAUAGAUGACAUAAUGCAGGAAAGUCCGUCAAUGGAAAGAUCGCCAGAUUCCGAAGGUUCCAUGUUAGAUAGUGACGAGGCUUUGGAAAGAAGUAGAGAAGUACUUGGAUCACCGCUUCACGAGAAAAAAUUGAAGCAACUCUCCUCCAGUCAACUGACUGAACUUUUUGGCGAGAUGGAAUCCUUAGUUGCGGCCUUGAGCGAAACGCUAAUCGCUGAGCUCGCACUUAGGGAUGAAUUAGAAUAUGAGAAGGAACUUAAGAACCAGUUCAUCUCUUUACUGUUGGCUGUGCAAAAUCGACGUAGGCAGCAUCAUGUUACGAAGAAACGAAAUCAAAUGCAGAAUGGUACUAGUCCGUUACCACAACAUAGGUCUUUGCAAGAGCCAAAGUACCUGACGACUGUUAUUCCAUAUCAUACAGAUAGCGGCCCGCCAGACAAUCAAGCCUUGCAAGUACUUAUUAAAAUAUUAAAGGCCAUUAGCGAGGAUAGUCCAACAGUACCCACCUUGCUAACAGAUUAUAUACUUAAAGUGUUAUGUCCAACUUAAAAAAGGAUACACCAAAAGAAAAGUAUAAAAGGAGCGUCAGAAAAAUAUCACGUGCUCUCUUCUUGCCAGUACGCUUUCAGCCGUCAUUGUGCCGCAUGUUACUGCAUAAUUAGCUUAUAAGUUAUAUUUCGGUCACACUCGAUUACUGUAUUGGCUGUAGAAGUAAAGUCUCCGAUAUUCUA